GCCGCUGCGUAGAUAUGAAGCCAGAGCGGCUCGGGCGAGCCCCACCGAUACUUAAAACUGUCACUGAGGUAAUGCGCGAAGCAUGCAGGAGGCAUUCAACUUGCUCAUUGAAAUACUGUGACUGAAACGGGAGAAACGCGGAGGGAGACCGGACGACAAACAGUUUCCAGACAUUAUACUUCUUUUAGUGCUUGGACAUACCCGGCAAAUUUCGGCGUGCCUCUGAUUCUUUAUUAAGCCGACUUUCUCCACUCAGGAAUGUAACAGCGACACAACUCCAUCAGACUCCGACAUUUAUCAGGGUAGUUGUUGCGCUUAAAUUCUUUUGGCAAACUUGUGAAAACUGUGAGGGGAAACUGGCACAUCGCCGCGCACUGCUGCGUGCUCUCUGGAGAUUUAUAUUUAAAGCCUUGCGCUCCGUGGAGGGUUGUGCAUCUGGGUAACCUAGAUUUAAGCAUUCCAAUAUAUUUGUUUUGUAAGCACUUGUUAUGAAUUUAUAACGUUUUUAUUUGUAAUCUGAACUUUAGAAUUUUUCAAAUGUUACAAUUGAAUAAUUGUUAGGCUACUCAAAACAUUUAUAGACGCACAAUAUACUGUGGUGCAUUUUCAUAUUGGAAAUUAAUCGAUCUGGGCACCAUAGCUUGUAUUUCAGCUUUGGUUCUAGGCGUUUUUAUUUGUUUUGUUUUAGUUUUUCUCCUCACGUCUAUAAAACAUUCAGAAGUUGAUAAUUCGGCGACAGAACUGUAAAUUAUACUUUAUCAGAACCGCAAAUUAUAAUUAAAUAAAUGUAAUCUACCCGAUGUUUAAUUUAUUUGAUGCCUUCCCUUCAAAUUAAGUUGCACGUUUUCAGAAUUAUUCCAUCCAGUUGACGCUAAUUCCAAAUAAUAAAGCACCAAGACUCGACGAGAUGUGACAUAACAAUGGCUGACAGAAUUUUUAGCGCAGUUAGAGAUGUACUCAUUCGUUUAUACGUAAAACCGUUUAUUUAGUUUCAACAGAAUAUAUUUUAUUCAGUUCUUAGAAGAGGGGGGGGAAAGAAAAGCUUAAAGAAAUAAUUAAAUCUAUUCUGCCCAAAUUUGGACUACGAAUAGAGAAGAUCAGUCCACUUGAGUGCAGUGGCAAUCAUGGAAGGUGCGUGCUCUGCCGGCGCGGGUCUGCAUGGCCACAACAUCAACGGCACCGGAGGCACGUCUUCACCGACUUGCAACCAUAGUAUGAUAAAACUCCCUCCCUACACUCCAGAAGCCACAGCAGCCUUUGCAACAGCCAUCACGUUGAUGAUUCUCAUCACAAUCGUCGGCAAUAUUCUGGUCAUCAUUGCUGUUUUAACCAGCCGCUCGCUUAGAGGACCCCAGAAUCUCUUCUUGGUCUCCCUCGCGGCCGCAGACAUUUUGGUGGCCACCCUCAUCAUCCCAUUUUCACUGGCCAAUGAACUAAUGGGCUACUGGUAUUUCCGCUCCGUGUGGUGUGAGAUUUACCUGGCGCUGGACGUGUUGUUCUGCACUUCCUCUAUAGUACACCUGUGCGCCAUCAGCCUAGACCGCUACAUGUCUAUCUCACGCGCCGUCACAUACGGCGCACAGCGGACGCCCAAACGCAUCAAAUGUGCCAUUUUGGUGGUGUGGCUGAUCUCAGCAGUCAUCUCCUUUCCACCGCUACUCUCCAUGAACAAGAACAAAGGUGGCGCCGAUUCAGGUGGGCUGCCACAGUGUGAGCUCAACAAUGAGCGCUGGUACAUCCUGUACUCUACUAUCGGUUCCUUCUUUGCUCCUUGUCUGAUUAUGAUUUUGGUGUACAUGCGGAUCUACCAGAUUGCCAAGCAGCGCACGCGAUGUCCACCAGGGGAGCCCCGCAAAGAGGUCCCAGCCAAUGCAGCAAACCCUCAGCACAAGGUCCACACGGAGGGUCUACAAAACGGAAGAGGAGAUGAAACACCCUCCACCCUGCAGAAAAAAAUCAGGCCUCCGACUCUGGCCGUGUCUCAAGUGGAGUCCACCCAGCAGGCGGCAAGCCCUCCAGUUGGCAACAAACUUCUGCAGCCUCCUUCAACAGCCCUGACACCGACCACGCCGUGCCCCUCCCCGUCUCCCUCGAACUCAUCCGAAAUGGCUCCUAAUAAACCUAAAGCGGGGAAAAAGGCGAAGAAGACCGUGAAACAACCUGACAACAAUAACGGAGAGAGCAUGAGCUCCGACUCGGACACCGAGCAAGGUGGAAGGGGGUUAGAGGUCCCGUGCACCCCAAGCGUGACGCCAAGCGGCAUCCAUUCCCCCGCCACCAUCCAGAAAUACAGAGACAUGAUCGCCACCGCCAAAGGCGCCAAGCUUGUGACCCGGAAGUCGAAGCAAGAAGGAACGCCCAACUCAGCACGGCGCAAAGCUAUGGUGAACCGAGAGAAGCGCUUCACCUUCGUGCUGGCGGUGGUAAUUGGCGUCUUUGUUAUCUGCUGGUUCCCUUUCUUCUUCUCAUACAGCCUACAGGCCGUGUGCCCGGAGGCGUGCGCGUUGCCAGAACCGCUCUUCAAGUUUUUCUUCUGGAUCGGCUACUGCAACAGCUGCCUCAACCCGGUUAUCUACACCAUCUUCAACAAAGACUUUCGCAGAGCCUUCAAAAAGAUUCUCUGUAAGAACACCAAAGGCACAUUCUUCUGAAGCUCCUGAGGUGGAUCAACAAACAUUUGCCUAUUCAGAACACAGACUUCAGACUAAAAGAAGCACAAUAACGGUGCUGUUGCGAUGUAAACGAAGGGCUUUUUGUGCUGCCCGGUGGACUGAGGACACUAUGCUACUCAAAUGACUCCAGGUUACCGCCUCAGGCAUUGGAAUCCUGGUAUUCGGGGCUAAUCCAAAAAUGUUCACAGACUUUGACAAACCGAGGCUGAAACAAAAGAAUUUACUGGGACUAUCGCACACCUGCAAGGACAAGCCAAUGGAGGUCAAUACAAAGGUUAUCGUGUUUUUUAUUUCCAUUACUGGCCUUUCUAAGAACACCAGGCCUUGGAGAUACUGCAAACAUGGAUUUCUCUAAGGAGGAACGCCGUUCUGAAUCUUUACAUACAGCUUUUCCAUGCUGAUCGGUCUACCAGUGCCUACACAGCAUUACUUCUGAGGAACAAAGACAUGAAAUACUCCUGUGGAAAAUCUUGCCAGGGGCAAUGUGUAUGAAAUGAGCUGACGCAAGUUUCUCCAAUCGAACAUUAGGGCUUCUAGUGUGGGACCGUUGAGAAGUUUCCUCCCAUGCUGUGAUGCAGAAA